UGCAGCCGCAGACCCGGCUUGGGCUCGCUGGUUUAUCGGUCGCUCCCUGCUCGCGGUGGCCUGAGGGCGUGCGGGCCGGGGGGGCCCCAACAGCGGAAGGCGGAGGGAGAGCAGGUCCCGGUGUCGCGGCGGCGCGCUCGUGGCGAGAAUCGGGAGGAGGAGACAGCAAGGAUAGGCCCAGGAGCAAUGGCGUCCAAAGAGGAACAAGUGCAAAAAAAUCGCAACAUGGAAAGCGCGCGACAGGAAAAGGAAGAAGGGGAGCAGCCCCUUGUGCAGAAUGGAGAGGAAGCACAACAAGUGGGAGGGGGUGAAGGCCAGAAGCCUGGAGGAAAACGGGGGCUGAUUAGGCGAUUGGUCCCUAAUUUUCGCUGGGGCAUACCUAACAAGCAUACUGAUCACAAUGAAGUGGGAGAUGAUGUAGAAAAGUUUGUAGGGCAGAUGGUGGAAGUCAAGAAAAAGACUAAGGAGCAGCAAAUGAGGCAUUACAUGCGCUUCCAAACUCCUGAACCUGAUAAUCAUUACGACUUUUGCCUUAUACCUUGAAUCCUAAGGGCUGUCCUGGGAUUAAUAAUGUGGCCUCUGCUCUACAAGCUUGUAGUUUUGUGAUUUACAUUUUCUGUAAACCUUUGGUGUUUCCACUUAACAAUUUCUAUUUGAUUAUUGUUUUUGUCUUAAUGUUAAACUUUUUGGCAGCAGGGCUUUUUCACCAAAUUUAGGAAAAAUAUUCUCUUCAUAAUUGAACUUAAUAAAGCAGUUUAAAAAGCGGU